AUGGGCUUACGGACAGAUCCAUCGACAGAAAACGGCACGGUGUUCAGCAAAGACGUUCUCAAGAUGGAGAUGAUCGGGCCUCAAGAAGACCACCUCACCAUCCUUGAGGUCACAGGCAUCUUCCGCACCGCGAUACAAGGGACGACCACUAACACCGACAUGGAAUUGCCACACAAAGACUAUGACAAGAUCGGCGAGCGUACCCUCUGUGUACUCACAAAGGCUGAUUUAGUACUUGAACCCACUGCUCAGGCUACUGUCCGUAACCUUGUCCUAGGCAACAAACGCCCGCUUUCUCUUGGCUACUUACAUGUUCGAAACCGUGAAGCAGAUGGCAGCUUUCAACAGCAGUCUGAGCUUGACCGGGAAUUGCAAAAACAGGAAUGGAUUGAUCUUCCUAAGGACCAGGCAUAUUGCGGCUCUCAAAGAUCAGCUUAA